CUCGCCUCGCUUCGCUUCCCUUCACUUGGUGUCGGGCAGGGCAGGGCAGGGCAGGCCAGGCCACCGCCCCAUGGGGCACGGCCUCAGCUGCACCCGCGAAACCCACGACCACCACCUCUUCCGCGCCGCGCAGGCCGCCGACGUCGACACCCUGUCCGCCCUCCUCGCCGCCGAUCCCGCGCUCGCCAGCCGCGCCACCAUCUACGACCGCCUCACUGCCCUGCACAUCGCCGCCGCCAAUGGCCGCCUCCAGGUGGUCUCCGUGUUGCUCGAUCACGGCGUUAUGCCGGACGUCUUCAGCCGGAAGAAGCAGACGCCGCUGAUGCUGGCGGCCAUGCAUGGCAACACCGACUGCGUCCUCGCCCUCCUCCGCGCCGGUGCCACCGUCCUCACCUUCGACUCGCCGCGCGCCAGGACCUGCCUCCACCACGCCGCCUACCACGGCCACGCCGACUCCCUCCAGGCCAUCCUCGCCGCCGCGGAGGGGUCCGGGCCCGUCGCCGCCUCCUGGGGCUUCGCGCGCUUCGUCAACGUCAGGGACGAGCAGGGCGCCACGCCGCUGCAUCUCGCCGCGAGGCAGGGCCGGCCUUCCUGCGUCCGCCUCCUGCUCGACAAGGGCGCCAUCGUGUCCGCGCACACCGCCGUGUACGGGUUCCCCGGGAGCACGCCGCUGCACCUGGCCGCACGCGCCGGCAGCGUGGACUGCGUCCGGGAGCUGCUCGCCUGGGGGGCGGACCGACUACAGAGGGACUCGGGCGGGAGGAUCCCGUACGCGGUGGCGCUGAGGCGGGGCCACCGCGCGUGCGCGGCGCUGCUGAACCCGGCGGCGGCGGAGCCCAUGGUGUGGCCGUCCCCGCUGAAGUUCAUAGCGGAGCUGGAGGCGGACGCGAAGGCUCUGCUGGAGGCGGCGCUCAUGGAGGCGAACAGGGAGAGGGAGAAGAGGAUACUCGGGCAGAAGCAGCACAAGGGUCAGGGAGGAGGAGGCAUGAGCGCCGAGGAGGAGGAGUCGGAGUCCGAGGAGGAGGAGGCGUGCAACAUCUGCUUCGAGCAGGCGUGCAGCAUGGAGGUGAAGGAGUGCGGGCACCAGAUGUGCGCGGCGUGCACGCUGGCGCUCUGCUGCCACAGCAAGCCCAACCCCAAGACACUCCUCCUGCACCCGCCCUCCUGCCCCUUCUGCCGCACCACCAUCUCCCGCCUCGUCGUCGCCACCAAGAAGCCGCGACUGAGCCGCCGGCGCUCCAGGAGCAGCAGCUUCAAGGGCCUCUCGUCGGCCAUGGGCUCCCUCUGCUCCUUCAGAUUGGUCGACGGAGGUGACCUCGCCCACAUUAAGCCUUCUCUCCACUGAACCUCAAGCGCAAGCUAGGUUGAUUACCAUUUUGUACAUUACUAUUAUUACUGUACACUCCUUACCAUGGAAGUGUUAGUUAAUACCUCGGGUCAUCAUACACCAAUAGCUAGGUAAACAGGAAUUGGGAUAUUAUUGGGAUUUUUGGAUUGCAUUUCUGCUACUAUUAUAUUGCAUUGGAUUUGUAGCACUAUUUAUUUUGUUCCACUGCCAGUGCCACCUCCCUGGCUAGUUGUUUCUUCGCUUGUCAUGGUAAAUAAUACUAGAUGCUCCCUGUUUAUCAUUUGUACGACUAUCAUACUCUUAUAAAUAUCAGAGGGCCAAGAUGCAGCUGUGCAUGUUUUUACAUA